UCGUGGGCAGAUCCAAACGGGGCUGUGAUAAUCUUUUUUCUAGAAAACAAACUCCAGGCUCGUACCAAAGGUGCGCCUGUCAGGUGACCACUCAGCUACUAGCUAGCUUCCUUUCUUCCGGCUGAAGAAGGUAAACAAAUGGACGCGGCGACGCUUCGGGGACAAAACAUGAAUAAUGUGAAGGAGCCGCGCGGCGUGGACACGUUAAGAUGCCAGGACACAAGAGACGAUAUGAUGUUCGCUUCUCGCCAUGUAGGACAUGCAAGGGUGUGUGGUCCUGAACCGCAGAGGUCAGCACGAGUCCUGGAGAUGUUCCUGAAGUCUCUGCUCACUAAAACGUCUUUGAUCACAGAGUCCAAGCAGAGCAGCAUGGUGUCCGUGGCACACAUGAAGCAGUGCAUUGAGUCAGAGAUGCCCUUCCACUUCCUCAAAGACCUGGCGCAGCAAGCUGCGUUUACAACUACACAGAAAGACAACAGAGGACUGAGCGUGUGGCCAAUGUACAGGGCACAGAGACCUGAUGUCCAUGUCCAAAAAACGGCAGAAAUGGAUGAAAAUGCACCACAGCAAAGCCUCGACUCGCUUGGCAAUGACUCAAGCUCCAGUUGUUAACAUGCGCAUAAUGGAGACCUCAUCGCAGCAGUCUUCCUCCGCUGUGGAACACAUACACAACAAUUGACAGAUGAGAGCACGUAGUGAGAGGAAAUAACGCAGGGCGACUGAGAGGUAUGAGGGUUUUUUUUUAGCAACAGUUUUGUGAUGCAAAUGUGUUAAUCUUUUGAAAUUAAGUGACCCCAGCAACUAACCGGAACUACGUUCCUCCUCACUAAAAUCCAACCAGAACUCGGCUCACGGAACAAAGUGGGGGGUAAGUCAUUGUUGAUACACUACACUGCUGAUGGGGAUGUCAUACAACUUCAUGCAAAUAAAUCCCAACUAUCCCUUUUAUUGGCGACUCAAAAUUGCCGACCAGUCCAGGGUGUACCCUGCCCAAAGUUAGCUAGGAUAGGCUCCAGCAUAUUCCCGUGACCCUAAUGAGGAUUAAAAAUAAAAAAAAUGAAUUAAUUAAUGCUUUUUUUAAAAAGGCACGUCUUUAAAAAUUGUUUUGUAAAUAUAAAUGUAAAUAAAAGGUAUUAUUUUGUUAGAAAAUAAUGCUGUUAAAAACUUUUUGCACAUUUGUCGUUUUGUUUAAUCAGUUUUCGGCAGUCCCAGUGGGCCGUAGUUGUGUGCAUUGAGAGAAAAUGAAAGUUUAAGAUUUUUUUUUUCCGUUUUUCCCGUUCUUCUUUAACCUCGUCGUUGUUCCCAAAUGCUGGUGCUGGUGAUGGGUGUGACUGCAUAAAGGUGGGCUUUGAUGACGUUAUGUGUGUGUUGACUUUUAGUGUUUGUAUUUAUGAAAUGUCAAGUGAAUUCAUGCUGGCACACUUACCGACACAUCAAAAAACGAUGAGAUAAUGUUUUUUUCUGGAAAGCAAACUUAAGGCUCGUAACAAAGGUCAGUCUGUCGUCAUUUUGUGCGUGGCGCGUUUAGUGUGAAGGCCGGAAGUGUGCGGCUGCUAGUCGUUCUUCCUAAAUGUUAAGCUGUCAUAGCGUCAGUUCCAUCUUAUUAAAACCCUCGGUUAUAUACGAUGUUGUAUACAUAAAUAAAUAGCAUUAGAUGCAAAUGCGUGGAUUAAAAAAGGUUGGGGACCACUAAUGUACACUACUGUACAGUUAAGAUGGCGUCAGCUGUUAUACAGCAGCGACCUCUUGAGGCAGCAGUGUUAAUUACACUGCAGACAUUGAACACACCUUUUCAGUGGCGGGAACUUGAUCUCUGUGUGAUGACACUUCAUCGUCGUCGUCACAUUCCUGCUUGUUUACCUCUUCCCCAUUUUCCUGACUGAGGACUUCUUCUUCC